AUGAAAGCAGCAAAAGGUGCAGCAGCAAACUCACCUGACACAGGGGUGAAAAGCAGCAGACUGCAGCAGCUGCGGCUGCCGCAGCGACAAGCAAAGCUCGGGGAUGCCGCUGAGCUGCAGCAGCAGCAGCAGCAGCAGCAGCGGGAGUUGUUGGAGCAGCAGAGUUUGCAGAAAAGGGGAGAAAACGCAGCAGCAAAGGCAGCAAGCAGCAGCACAAACGACAACCAGCAACAGCGCGCCGCCGCCGCAGCAGUAGCAGUAACAGCAGCAGCAGCAACAGCAGCAGCAACAGCAGCAGCAGCUUGCCCUGGAGUUAAUCAUUAUUUGGCCAGUAAUGGAGGAGUUCAGCAUCUGCCCGUUUCUGCACAAAAGCCAGCAGCCACAGCAGCAGCAGCAAUAAAGGCAGCAGCAGCAGCAAUAAAGGCAGCAGCAGCAGCAGCUGCAGCAGCAGCAGCAGCGGGGGAACCCUGA